AUGCCCAAAUCAGCGCGAAAAGCCAGUAAUGGCAUAUCCAAACCCGACCCAUACGCCGGCGCAGCAGCCCGAAAGGGCAAAUCCGCCCAAGCGAACAACAUCUUCCGCAUGAACACAGACAUCGGCCAGCACAUCCUCAAAAACCCCGGCGUCGCCCAAGCGAUCGUGGACAAAGCCGACGUCAAGCAAUCCGAUAUCGUCCUCGAAGUCGGUCCCGGAACCGGCAACCUGACCACGCGCAUCCUCGAGAAAGCGAAGAAAGUCAUCGCCGUGGAACAGGACCCCCGCAUGGCCGCCGAGCUCACGAAGCGGUUCCAAGGGACACCUGCUGCGAAGAGGUUGGAGUUGAUUCUGGGGGAUGUGAUCAAGAUGCCUGAGCUGCCGUACUUUGACAUUUGUAUUUCGAAUACGCCUUAUCAGAUUUCAUCCCCGCUUACCUUUAAACUCCUCGCGACCUCGCCCUCCCCGCGGACCUGCGUGCUCAUGUUCCAGCGCGAGUUUGCGAUGCGGUUGUUCGCGAAGCCCGGGGAUAAGCUAUACUCGCGAUUGUCGGUCAAUGCGCAGAUGUGGGCGAAAGUGGACCAUGUGAUGAAGGUGGGCAGGAAUAACUUCAACCCGCCGCCGCAGGUGGAGAGUAAUGUGGUGAGGAUAUCGCCCAAGAGCCCGAGGCCGCAGGUCAGUUAUGACGAGUGGGAUGGGCUGUUGAGGGUGUGUUUCGUGAGGAAGAAUCGGGUGUUGAGGAGUGGGUUCUUGGGCACGGCCAGUGUGAUGGCGAUGCUGGAGUCGAAUUAUCGGACGUACUGUGCACAGAAUGAGAUUGUGCUUGAGGAUGGGUCGCUUGAGAAUGGCGGGGAGGGAAUGGAUAAGGUUCUGGAGGUGGAUACUGAGCUGGGGGACAAGCGAGCGAGGUUGUGCGAUGAGGGCGACUUCUUGAAACUGCUGUACGCUUUCAAUCAGGAGGGCAUUCAUUUCGCUUGA